UAAUUGGAGGAAAACCAAGGGAGCUACACCACUCUCUUUCUCUCUUGCAACUGUUCAUCCCCAAAUUCAUCGCUUCGAUUCUUCAAUAUCGCACAUGUAGCUUCUAAGAGACCUGUCCGGAUAUCAUAUGAGAGCAGUUCCUGUGGUUCAUUGUCAUUCAGUUAGUGGAAGAUGGAUGAUGGUGGGCAGCGGGAAAAUGGGAGACAUAAACUGGAUUAUUAUAAAGGACCACAGAAUCCGUGGAAUAUGAUGCCCCAGCAUCAUUUGAAGGAACAAAAUGCCUUGGCAAUGAAUAAGAAGGUUGUGAACAUUCUUGCUGAGAGGGAUAAUGCUAUUCGAGAGCGGAAUAUAGCCCUAUCUGAAAAGAAGGCAGCCUUGGAAGAGCGGGAUGAGGCACUAAUGCAACGAGAUGCUGCAAUCUCUGAGCGUGAUAAUGCCCUUCUGGAACGUGACAAUGCUAUUGCUGCCCUUCGAUAUCGAGAAAGUGUCAUCUCAAUUCAACGUGGAACAAAACGCAUGGAUCACCCCCCAAAUCAUGCAGCUAAUGGAGCUGAAGGUUCUUACAACACCAGGGAAGUACACAUAACUGAUGCCUUUCCCAUAUCAACCAUUGCUGCUGAUUCUGUCAAGUCGCGCAAGCGAACAAAGGAGAACAAGGCGGUUUCUUCCAAGGGUCUAAAGCCACCAAGGAAGGGAAAGAAAGUGAAUGAGGAUUUGAACAGGCAGGUCACUUCUGAUGGGUUGAAGAUAAAGUCUGAGUGGGACAGUCAGGAUCUGGGCUUGAAUCUAGUCACUUUCGAUGAAUCCACCAUGCCAGUGCCAGUCUGCUCAUGUACUGGUGUCCCUCGACAGUGCUACAAAUGGGGAAAUGGAGGAUGGCAAUCAUCUUGUUGCACAACCACCCUGUCGUCAUACCCACUACCACAAAUGCCCAACAAGCGCCAUGCACGAAUGGGUGGCAGGAAGAUGAGUGGAAGUGUCUUUACAAGAUUGCUCAGCCGACUGGCAGCAGAAGGUCAUGAUCUCUCAAUGCCUCUGGAUCUCAAGGACUACUGGGCCAAGCAUGGGACAAAUCGCUACAUCAUCAUCAAGUAGCCUGCCAUCAACCGUCAAGGAAUGGAGUAUGUUUUGCCCUUUUAGGCCUCUCUCUGUGGUCUAAAAAUCUACGGUAUUUUCUUUAAUGACAGCAAAGAUGGAGCUUCACAGGCAGCACAAGGUUAGUUUACUUUCAACUUUGGUUGCAUAUCUGUAUGUUAUUUGACUCAAAACACCGUAUCCCAACAGUACAGGGGGAAUUUUUUGUAAAAUGGCAACCCCAAAUAGUUGGGAUAUAAGGUCGUUUGUUGUUGUAUGGGAGUUUAUACUCUGGCAGCAGACUGACUGGCUGGCUGGACCAAAGUAGAUCACCUUUGUUUUGCUGCAUUACCAGUAUUUCAAACUCAACACCUUUCUUUUUC